AUGGAGUACCCUCCUCAGUACCAGCAGCCCCAUGGGCAACAUCCGCACGCAUCUUCUCAUAUCCCGGGUCCCUACCAAGCUGGCGCAUCAAACGCCGGUGCUCCCGUCGGGUCGAUGGCAUCGCCUACCAAUGCACAGGCACCAAUUCAACCUCAUUCCGCUCAUCAAACAUCACCGAUCGUCCCGUCGCAACCGCAUUACCAGCCAGCACAGAAUGGCCCCGGUGCCGUGCACCAGCAAAUGAACUUCCCUCAAGGUUAUGGCGUACCUGCGCCGAUGGCGCAGGGCUAUGGUAUCUCACCAACGCAGGCUGCCGCAAUGGCCACCGCUGCUGCAUCUGGACAAUUCUACCCUCUUCACCAGGACUCUAUGGGCGGACAGAUGGCGCCGGGACCCCGAGGCUCACCUCGAAUGGCCAACAUGCAGAUGAAGGCGGAUCGCAACCCUCGCUCCCCACCGCAGAUGCAAAGUCAGAUGCCCCCGAUGGGUUCUCAGGUUCAGAUGCAACCAAAUCAGCAAAUGCCCCAGCGUCGCAUGAGCCAUGUCGGUAGCCCCAAUGUUCAAAGCGCACAGCCCGUCAUGAACCACGUCGGACGGCCCUCAAUCGCAGCCCCGCCACUUCCUCAGGCACCUAUACAACAGAGCCAGUCCUCGCCGGACAUGGUCCCCGGCGGCAAUCAAGAGGAGUCCCCUCUAUAUGUCAAUGCCAAGCAAUUCCACCGCAUUCUGAAGCGUCGCGUAGCACGCCAGAAGCUCGAAGAGCAGCUGCGCCUAACAUCCAAGGGUCGCAAGCCUUACCUGCACGAGUCACGACACAACCACGCCAUGCGCAGACCUCGUGGCCCUGGUGGACGUUUCCUGACUGCAGAUGAGGUUGCCGCCAUGGAUAAGCGCGCGGAGGUCACGGGACAGCCCGUCACAUUUGAGGAUCUCAGCAAGCCCCUGCCAACCGAGAACGGUGCUGGACAGAAGCGCAAGUCGAGUGAAGUUCAUGAUGAUGGAGUGAACUCGAAGAAGUCGAAAGUCGCUCCCAGCGCCGACCUGAGCGAGCAAGACUCCGCUGAGCCCUCAGAUGAGGAUGGUUGA